UCUCUCUCUCCUUCUCCACUCACAGGUCAAAUACUUUCCCAUCUUUCCCUCCAUUUACAAGCUCACUUCCCUCUCCGCUUCCUCCUCCAAUUUCAGCUCCUCAUGGACGGAGGUGCUCCCUACAAUCCUCGCACCGUCGAAGAGGUCUUUCGGGAUUUCAAGGGCCGCCGUGCUGGCAUGAUUAAGGCCCUCACCACCGAUGUUGAAGAGUUUUAUCAGCAGUGCGAUCCUGAGAAGGAGAAUCUGUGCCUUUAUGGAUUUCCUAGUGAGCAGUGGGAAGUCAAUCUGCCUGCCGAGGAGGUGCCUCCAGAGCUUCCGGAACCUGCACUGGGUAUUAACUUUGCCAGAGAUGGGAUGCAGGAAAAAGAUUGGCUAUCUUUGGUUGCUGUUCACAGUGAUGCAUGGUUACUUGCUGUAGCCUUUUAUUUUGGUGCUAGAUUUGGAUUUGAUAAGGCUGAUAGGAAGCGAUUGUUUAAUAUGAUAAAUGAUCUUCCAACAAUAUUUGAGGUUGUUACGGGGAUGGCCAAGAAACAAGGAAAGGAGAAGUCAUCCGUUUCUAACCAUAGCAGUAACAAAUCCAAAUCAAUCUCUAAGUUUGGCAUGACACUUGAGCGCCUGACUGUUAGUUAUUGUCAUUGUUUGGGUAAGCAAACGCAGAGAGGAUCUGAAUCCCAAGCGAAGUAUUCGAAAGCAACGCAAUCAAAGGAUGAAGAUGAGGAGGGUCUGGAAGAAGAAGAUGAGGAGGAGCAUGGGGAGACACUAUGUGGGGCAUGUGGAGAGAACUAUGCAGCUGAUGAAUUCUGGAUUUGCUGUGAUAUCUGUGAGAAGUGGUUUCACGGGAAGUGCGUGAAGAUUACCCCUGCAAGGGCUGAACACAUCAAGCAGUACAAAUGUCCGUCCUGUAGCAACAAGAGAGCUCGACCUUGACAGCGGUUACUUCGUAGUUCAUAUGCUGCAAUUUUAUGACGACUAAUUUGGGUAGUAGGUCAGGUUCAUUUGUCUUGCUGUCACAGGAAAUCUGUUCGGAGUAUUAUGUUAGGUAUGUAAGCUACUGUUUAUUUCAUGUUAAAUCAGGAUGGUUAUGUUAGGAGCGGGUUGAGUAUCUUAUUCCUCUGUGGAUUUGAUCAUGUGCUUCCUUAAAUUUAAUUGUCUGUAACUGUAAUCCGUGUCAAUAUCGUAAUGUUCAUAUUUUCAUCGGAUUGUUAUA